UUCUGAGAGGGCCAAGCGCCCAAGCGGCACUUCUCCUCCUCCGUGUGUUUCCCUGCCAGUGCUUCCCUGCGUAACCAGAUCUCACGGCGAGUCCAAGCUAACCGCCUCCGAUAAUCCGAUCAAACCCUAGAGAAGCGAUCCGCGCGUCGGCGGCGGAGGAUCAUGGAGAGCUCGUCACCUUCGGUGCCGUUCCCGCUGCUGCAGGGGCCGGUGGAGAGCACGUAUCGCGCCUGCACCAUACCCUACCGGUUCCCCUCCGAUAACCCCCGCAAGGCCACCCCCGUCGAGAUUCAGUGGAUCGACCUCUUCCUAAAAUCCGUCCCCUCUUUCAAGCAGCGGGCGGAGAACGACCCCACAGUGCCUGAUGCCCCCGCCAAGGCCGAGAAGUUUGCCCAGAGAUACACGGAUAUGCUUGAGGAGCUAAAGAAGAACCCAGAGAGCCACGGAGGACCUCCUGAUUGCAUACAUCUUUGUAGGCUUCGUGAGCUAAUCCUUAGAGAAUUGGGGUUUAACGAUAUCUUCAAGAAGGUUAAGGAUGAGGAGAAUGCUAAGGCUAUGUCACUUUUUGAGGGAGUUGUUCAGCGGAAUGAUGAAAUAGAAGACAAUGGGAAACGAGCAGAGAACUUGAUACGUGGAAUCUUAGCAGGAAACAUAUUUGAUUUAGGAUCUGCACAGCUUGCAGAAGUUUUUGCUAAAGAUGGUAUGUCUUUCUUGGCAAGUUGCCAGAAUCUUGUAUCCCGGCCUUGGGUUAUUGAUGACCUUGAUGCGUUUAAAAACAAAUGGACCAAGAAAUCUUGGGAAAAGGCAGUUAUUUUUGUUGAUAAUUCUGGUGCUGAUAUCAUCUUGGGCAUAUUACCAUUUGCGAGGGAACUGCUCCGACGUGGCACGAAGGUGAUACUUGCUGCCAAUGACAUGCCUUCCAUUAAUGAUGUCACUUACCAAGAGCUUGUUGAGAUUAUAAACAAGCUUAAGGAUGAAAAUGGAAAGCUUGCAGGUGUCGAUGUAUCUGACCUCCUUGUUACCAACUCUGGUAACGACCUGCCUGUAAUAGAUUUAUCUAGUGUGUCACCAGAGCUAGCCUAUAUGGCAAGCGAUGCUGACUUGGUCGUCCUAGAAGGCAUGGGAAGAGGAAUCGAAACUAACCUAUAUGCACAAAUGAAAUGUGACUCGAUCAAGAUAGGGAUGGUUAAGCAUCCGGAGGUGGCACAAUUUUUAGGGGGCAGGCUCUAUGAUUGUGUCUUCAAGUUCAACGAGACCUGAAGAACAAUGAAGAGCCUGAAUGAUAUGGGCCACACUUUUUUACUAUAUUACGUGCGAUGCUGCACUGAACAUGUGCACGUCCCGUCCACAAUGAUACGGAGUAGCAAGUAAAAGAAGUUACUAUUCGCUUCUGGUAGUGUCAGGGAGAGCGAUUACAGGAUUGUCAUAGGGCCAUUAACAUUUCUUUAUCACAUGUCUGGAAACUCCCCGAUUAUGUGCUUCUUUUGGGUAACAAGAUAGAAAGCAAAUUGAGCUGUGUAAUUGAUUUAUCUAUGUCCAUUUGCUAUUUGAAUCUGCAUUUGGGGUUGCCUCACA